CGCGGGCUCAGCUUCUUGUAAAUCCAACAUGGCGGCAUGGAUAUCCUGAAGACGGCUGGGAAUCGCGAUAUUUCUGGCUACCAUAACCUGCAAUGGCUACUGCGGUAGAACAUGGAGUCACUGAAGAGGUAGAACAACAUGUUCCUGAUCUUCCUGAGGGAGUUGAACCCGGUGCAACAUCCAACCAAGAGCCAUUGUUUGAGGUAGUAGCUGACGAAGAUCUUGACAUCUCAGUCAGCAACACCUAUGAUACUUGCAGAGUUGCCUCACCCGUAGAGGAAGCUCUUGGCACUGGCCGGAUAUCUAGUAUUAGUAGCAGCUAUGGGACAUUUGAAAAUUCAGCGGAGGCAGAUGUGGCCUCUACGGGGUCGUAUAGUGAUAGGGGUGGUAGUAGUAGAAGCGACACCGUACUGUCUAUCCCCGAAGAGCCAGAGGAGUUGAAUGAGGUCACAGAAGGUGUCAAUAAUAUAGAAAUAUCUAAUAAAGAAGCUAUAAAGACAAGGGCUGACAGCAUCAGACAGCUAGAAAGGGAGAACUCUGAGGAAGAUGUGAACGAUCCAAGUUGGGUACGUCAUAAAAAGCAUGUCUUCGUGUUCAGUGAUGCUGGGAAGCCCAUAUAUUCAAGAUAUGGAAAUGAAGACAAGCUUGCGACGCUGAUGGGAGUGAUGCAGGCCAUUGUGUCUUUUGUACAAGAUGACAAAAAUGCUGUUAGAUGUGUCAUAGCUGGUGCACACAAAAUUGUUUAUUUGAUGCGGGCGCACAUUGUGCUGGUCGCAGUGGCGAAGACAUCAGAAUCUAUUCCACAGCUUCAAAUGCAGCUAUCGUAUGUGUAUAACCAAAUACUUAGCGUCCUCACAUACUCACAAUUGUGCAAGAUUAUGGAACAAAGAAGGAAUUAUGACUUGCGCAGAUUAUUAGCAGGAACAGAGAAAUUUAUAGAUAAUUUAUUGAAUUUGAUGGACCAUGAACCUAGCUUUUUAUUAGGAUCGGUUCGAUGUUUACCUUUAUCAAGCUCAGUUAGAGAAAACAUUGGUCAGACAAUGCUUCAAGCAAGAGUACCGGAUCUAGUUUUUGCAAUUUUGGUGGCUAAAAAUCAACUAGUUACUCUAAUACGGCCAAAGAAGUACAGUCUCCAUCCAUCAGAUUUACAUUUAAUAUUCAACCUGGUCAGUGCGUCCACUUCUUUCCAGACAGCGGAAUCAUGGACACCUAUUUGCCUUCCUAGAUUUGAUAAUAGUGGCUACCUCUAUGCACAUAUCUCAUAUCUUAAAGAGGAGUGUCCCGCCUGCUUGCUGCUUUUAUCAACUGACCGCAGUGCAUUCUUUGAGUUGGCUGGAGCCAAACAGAAAAUCUUGGAGCGCUUUGACAGAUACAAAUGUUUAGAAGCCAUAAACGAAGCUGUAGCUACUAGAAGUUAUAGUACAGAACAAGUAGGAAUACCAGAGUUAUAUCAUUUUGUGUAUAAAUCCAAGAGUACAGCGCAGUACACGUCCCCUGAGCUAGAGGCGCCAUACAUAGACCCCCUGGAACAAGAAAGAUUGUUUGGACUGUACUUGUACCUACAUCAGAGAAUUCACUCAUCUUCUCGACCGCUCAAGAUCCUUUGCCAUGUGGGCAUGCAGGAGAUGCUUCUUGGAUGGGUUACGUCUGGCUUCGAGCUUUAUGCCGCUUUUAGUCCUUUGGUUACCAAGCCAAUAGCAAUAAAUGCUAUCAACAAACUGCUCAGAUGGAUCAAGAGAGAAGAAGACAGACUCUUCAUCUUGAACUCGCAAGUGUUCUGAUUCAUCUUCAAAGGCAACCAAGAAGAUUUUCUAUUUGUUCACUCGAUGGUUGAAAGUCAAAAGAGUGGACAGGCAGAUGCAACAUAGACGGACGGACAGACAGACAGUCAGUCAGAUAGACGGAGAGGCGAAGCGAGCAAUCUUGACAACAAGAAUAAGUUUGUUCCCCCUUGUAGGGCAGGUGUUUCUAGUUGCACACGAAAAGAUUAUGCUCUUUAUUUUGAUAGCAUUUUCGAGUGUAUAAUAUUGUAUAUUGUUAUUUGAAAUCAUUAAACACAACAAAUAUCAAGUAA